AUGGCCACCCGGAUUUACGCCCAAUAUCGCCUUGUAAUGGACCAUCCCAUUAGUCCAUGUUCGCCGCCAGGCGAGCUCAACAUUAAGGACUUGGAAUUAAUGAUGCAGUGGUGCACCACCACCUAUCUUUCUGUCUCGCGCAAUAGCACCGUGGAAGGCAUUUGGCAGGGUGUGGUUCCGCGCGAGGCAAUGCGCCACCCAUUCUUGAUGCAUGGUAUCCUGGCCCUGUCAGCCCUACAUUUGGCCUCCUCCCCUUCCUCCACCACGACCAAUUCUGGAACGACCAAGGAAGACUAUAUGCGUACCGCCAAGAGCCAUCAGCAACAGGCCGUGGCAGGCCUGGCCAAAGUCGCGGAACAUCUAGACCGGUCCAAUUGCAACGCCGCCUUUGCCCUUUCCAGCAUUAUGGUCGUCUUUGCCUUCGCCUUUCAAGGAAACCCUUCUUCCACGACCACCACCAGGCAAUCCAACGCCCUGGAUGCGCUGAUGGACAUUUUCCAGUUCACCAGGGGAUCCAUAGAUGUCCAGGGUGAUAUCAUCAACUGGGUUGCUGACGGAGAGUUCAGCCCUUUGCUAGACUACGACAACUCGCAACCGAAGAUGCCGGACACUUCACGCCUGGCUAUUAUGUCUCUAUCGAGGCGGAAUAUGGAUUUGGCGAAUAAGGACCCGAAGCACGAAAAGGACGUCUACGAUGCGACCAUCCAGCAACUCGGAUUCUCCCUGGACAAGCUUGCGCGAGGAGGGGAAACCAUGAUCAUCGCCUUCCAAUGGAUGUUCCGAAUUCCACCACGAUACGUUGAGCUGGUCCGAGAGCGACAACCCUUUGCGCUGGCGAUUCUAGCGCACUAUGCUGUCAUUAUCCAUUCCUUGCGGGCGCAUUGGUGGAUUGGCGAAUGGGGCACUCGGCUGAUUCGAGAUAUUGGUUUGCAUCUAGAUACUAGCUGGAGGGAGUCGAUCAGCUGGGUAAUUGACGCAACGGGCUGUUAUAUUCCUCCGGUCUGA